AUGCCUGGCCUGCAGAGGUUGGUUUACUUUUACACCAAGGACUUUGGCAUUGAAUGCUGUGUUGGAAGGUUCCACAACAUUCAUGGUCCUUUUGGAACAGUGAAGUGGCAGGGAAAACGCACCAGCUGCCUGCUGCCGAAGGGCGCUUACGCUAGUGAUAAGUUCGAGAUGUGGGGAGAUGCACUCCAAACUCGAUCUUCACCUUCAUUGAUGAAUGUGUGGAAGGUGUGCUCAGGUAAAUACCUCAGAUCUCCUUUAAGGUUGUCAUAA